CGACACCACAAAUUGAUGAACGGCUUCGUGCGCUUGCUUCUUGCUUCCGCUUGUCCUUCACACCACACCGUACCAACACACCAACAUCCACGUCUCAAUGUCCGCACGUCUCGCUUUCCAGCAGCCCCACAUAUCAUCACACAUCACAAGGCAUGGCCCCGCCUUCGCCUGCACCUGCGGCGAUGGGGAGAACCGGAGCAGCAAGGAUGACGACAACAGCAACAGCAGCACCAGCAGCACCAGCAGCACGGGCAGCAGAAAUGGCGAAUCGUGACGGGAAGAAGGCGCAGCUUGAUGAAGGCCUUGGCGUCGUGGACAUGAAAGGGCCCAUGGUGCCGCAAGUGGCAAAGCUUGGCGACAAGUACUGGGAGUGGGUGCACAAGCCCUCGGCGCAGCGCAGCUACAGGCUGUUUGCCGGCGAUCUGUAUGAGUUCUUCUCGUGGACGCCGUGGUGGGUGAUUCCCAUUGUGUGGGUGCCCAUCAUCACCGCGCUGUCCAUGGACGCGCUCGGCCGCCUGGACUGGAGCAUGUCACCGCUGGCACUGGUGUCGCCGGCCAUGGUGUCGACGCAGGUGCUGGCGCUGUGGCCGUUCCUCGGCAUCUUCCUGACCGGGAUCCUCAUGUGGUCCUUCCUGGAGUACUGCCUGCACAGGUUCCUGUUCCACAUCAUCCUGUUCCCCGGCACGGCGUUUGGCAUCCAGUUCCACUUUAUCCUGCAUGGGCAACACCACAAGUUCCCGCUUGACCGCGGGCGCCUGGUGUUUCCGCCGAUGGCGGGCCUCAUGAUGACGGCGCCGUUCUACCUCGUCUUCCACCUCACCAUGGCGCGCGAGGUGGCCAACGCCCUCACGGCGGGAGCGCUGCUCGGCUACAUUGCCUAUGACCUGACGCACUACUACCUGCAUCACGGCCGCCCAAGCACGGGCUACUUCCAGCGCCUUAAGCGGCAUCACAUGCAACACCACUACCGCCACUCCACCCUUGGAUUUGGCAUCUCCAGCAAGCUCUGGGAUUUUCCUUUCGCCACCCUCACGCCAUCGUCGGCCACCAGAACAUAACUUGCGUGUGUCGCGGUGUGUGUGUGUGUGUGUGUGUGUGUGUGUGUGUGUGUGUGUGUGUGUGUGUGUGUGUCGUGGUGUGUUGUGGUGUGUAACGUAUGUGUGUGCGUGUGUCUGUCUGUGUAACGUAUGUGUGUGCGCGUGUCUGUCUGUAACGUAUGUGUGUGCGCGUAUCUGUCUGUGUAACGUAUGUGUGUCCGCGUGUGUGUGUCUGUCUGUCUCUGUCUCUGUCUCUGCCUCUGUGCGCUCGCCCCUUCUUCCCAUCCGUUCCUGUUUGUUCCCCUUCCACCACAUGCGUCUGAUGAACAUGUUAUGAUCGACCCACAUGCGCCAUGGCAGUGCUGCUCUCCCUUGUCUUUGUUCCUGUACUCUUACCCACUGCCACAGUGUCCCAACCACACACACACACACACACACACACACACACACACACACACACACACACACACACACACACACAUGUGCACGACUAUUGGGUGUCGACUCUUAGUUAUACUCUCUGUGAACAGCCUUACACACUGACACCAAAACAAAUGAAUGGAAAGAAGGAAAG